CGCGGCUGGGUACAAUACGUUGAAUAUUGCGGAUGCUGAUGUGAUAAUUAUAUCUUAGUUCAUAACAACAGAAAAUUAUUCGAAAUGAGAACUAAAUGUGCGACUGAUUUUCGAAAAUUCGGCGAUAUGCAGCAAAAUUAUAAGGGAAUAAUAAUAGGCUCCCACUUCCGGCGAGAACUUAACGACGUUUCGUUGAAUAUGAGCUGUACAAAAGAACCGCAAAUUAUAGCCGCCGAGGAUGUGAAGCGAGCACUUCCGCGAAACGCUGGAAAUGCGCUAGAUUCUGACUACAACUACGAACAUUAUGAUCCAUCGGUGCGCUUGUUAUGCAUACGAAAAACCAUAACCGGUUCGUGCGGCUUCCAUUUGACGCGCACCAAAUGGGAUCCCUAUCCGUGGGUGAGCGCGGUUGAUGCACAUACGGCGGCGGAAAUGAGCGGGCUGAAGGCGGGCGAUUGUGUAUUGGAGGUUAAUGGCGAAGACGUAUUGGGGCUGCGCAUAGCGGAUAUUGCGAAAUUGGUUCAAGCCAAAUCAGGGCAAGUCACGUUGUUGCUUUGGAACUGUGGUAGUGAUUUCGAAUGUGAACCGGAGAGGCUUUGUUGUGCACCGAUGCCGCGCACCCUCCAACGACUCGCCACCAUUGUGCAAUCCAUAUUGAACAUAAUCGAGUGUCCCGUCUGUUUGGACACCAUCACUCCGCCGGCAAUGCAAUGCCAGAACGGUCACCUGCUCUGCCUCAACUGUCGCAUACGCGCUGAAAAGUGUCCCGUCUGCAGGGAUCGCUACACACCGCAGCGUGCUUUAAUUGCCGAGAAAAUCUACGCAGCCAUCACGAGCGCAUACAAUUUGUGCAGCACCAAUGAAGACAAAUUACGCCAGAAGCUUUUCGGAGCGCCAACGCAAAAGGGGGGGCACGUAAUGAGCCGGCGUUGGCGACGGGCAGAGGCGGCGAAACAAACGAUUGAUGAUGAUGACGGCCAGCAAGCGGAAACAGAGAUAGAUGGGAUGCAGGCGAAGAAGCGAUUGAGCAGACGAAAGCUGGCAAGAACACAGCAGAAUCAAAGUCAACAUGUGGCGCCUGGUGGCGGACAGCCUGGGCGUUUUAGCUUCAAGAAGGAGGCGGAAACGGUUGAAGUAGUUGAGAUGAGCCAGGAAGCUACGGGCACAGAUGCUAGCCGUGAUGUCCGCGCGGUGAAGCAUAGCGAUAAAAACAAGAAGAUUCUAAUGAAAUUAUGGCAUCGUAAAGCAGCGUCUAUGGAGAAUCUCUCAACGAAAACAAAAGCGAGUAGAGGUGGAGAGCUGCAUGAUAGAAUUAUCGAUGCGGGCAGCGAUGAUAAUGGAUUGACGCCGGAUGGUACAACGACCCCAACGAUAGCAGCGCACGCUAAAACGGCAUUCAUCACAAAUACAAUGCGAUUGUCGACAAAUCGGACUGUUAAGAAUGCUACCAACGAGCAAGUGGAGCAGGUAAAAGGAGUCAUGAAAAAUUCUAAAGACCACUCGACUUGGUGCGCCAACAAUGGCAACGAAACCGAGUUCACCAAGGAAGCUUUAACCACAACAGCAACUCCGCCACCGGCAAUGCCAAUGAAUUGUACGACAACAAUGAAAACAAUUUUAAAUACAGCAGCAACAAAUGAUGUUGCACACGUAAAUGCCAUGUCAAAGCUUUUAUCGGCAACGACACCGACUACAAAUGAUUUAUCGGCAAUGACACAGCCACACGCGCCAUUUCCACAGCGACUACCUGGUCGCGAAGACAAUGGAAUAGCAGUAGCAGAUAAUGUAAAAAAUUCACACAAACAACAACACGUUCAACCGCAUCUGCAAUUGAGUACGUGGCCAGAGCAGUAUUUAUCUGAACAGAAUAAUAUCGCCGGCUCCGUCGACACACCGACACCGACACCGACACCGACACCGACAUCUCCAGUCCCCACCGCCAUUGCAGUAGAACGUCGUUGUCCAUCUUGGCUGCGCAGUCCAAGGUUGGCUCAGAGCAAGUUUAAGCACUACAACAGCAGUAGCAGUGGUUGCACAAGCUGCAGCUGUCCAUCAUCGUCUCUGCUCUUUGUGGACAAACGGCGUCCCGCUCGUUACACGCCGGCUCAUUCCCUUGAAUAUUUCAACAACCCCGGCAGGCCGUCAACAGCAACAGCUGCAACUUCCAUGUCAUCUGUUGAUUCGAACGACUCCACAGGCAGCAGGAAAACAUCCACCUCCAGUGGCAGCAACAGCAAUGGCAACGGCGACAUUAACUGCGGCAGCGACAUCGUUGACUCAACACAUUACAUUCUAACGCCAGCAUCAUCGCUUUCAUCCGGUGUAUUCCCCUGUUUACUCGAGUCACCCGUGCUAGCAGCAGCCGCAACUGACAACAACAACAUUCAGAAAUUACUGCUAUUACGGCGAACAAAAAUGCGCUGCUAUCUGAAAUGACCGACUUGGGGCAGCCAUUGUCAAUAACUUCGUCAUUGCGUUCUUUAUCGUCUUUGGCGUCAUCAUCGGUGUUUUCUUCGGCAUCAGAGGAAUUGUCAAGCCACCUAUGAUGACCGUCGUAUGCGCUUUAAGUGUAGUCACCUGCCGUGGCCGUUUUCGUUAAUUCUAUCUUCAUUUCUAGUUCUUCGGCUGCUACAGUAUUGACACUCUAGCCAUCAGUAUACGUAUUGUUCUCAGUAACAUCUGAUUUGUUUGUCUUUUUCUGGGAAAUGGAUAUACUUAUGUAUGUACAUACAUAUGUAUUUUGAUAAUUAUGGCGAAGGUUGCGUGAGACCACUGCUCGCUACCGCUAUCCUGAGACGCUAACAACAAGAAUAUUCAGGUGUCAUUAUGUAUUGCAUGUUUGUAUUACAAAUUAAAUUAAAAUACACUAAAAAUAAAAUUUCGUAAAAAUGCU